UCAAUUGAAGCAAUUGCCAACUAUAGUAAUAUACUCUGCGAAUUGUUCAUUUAUAAAUGCUUGUUUAGUACGUGAUUACGGUACUCAACCUUGAAUAAAAUGAAAUUUACAUUGACGAUGACAGUCAUUUGGUAAAGACAUGGAGAAACGCACAACGCGGAUUUUGAUGUGUUUAGUGCUCUUUGAAUUCAUAUUAGAAGCAUUGAGUUACGUAGUACCACAUUACAACACCUAUCCUAACGCAGCCAUCGCUGGGCACAAUAUAAUCCACCUAACAGACGUCUCCCCUGAGGAUUGUGCAACUCGUUGUAACAAUGAAAUUUCGUUUACCUGCCGAUCUUUUGACUAUUACAAGUACACUCAGAAAUGUGAUUUAAGCAAUAAAGAUAAGGAUAUGGUUGGCGGCUUAAAGACCAAUUAUGACGGAAAUCCAUACGACCAUUACGAAAGAUUAAUUGAGUGUUCAAGCAACCCAUGUUUCAAUGGUGGAGUGUGUGUAAAUGGUAUUAACCAGUACACGUGUAACUGUCCUAGUAAUUAUCAAGGAGUUAACUGUCAGAUCCGUAAGUACACAUCUAAUUAA